AGAGACCACUGUAGCUUCAACUAAAAAAGAAAAGGCGCGAGAGGUAGAACAGCCACUUUGUUUCCCUUCUAAUGCUCGGCCUUAGUCGACGUGCAUGUCACGCUGCACGCUUCGACGGCGCCUCGCUGCCUCGAAAAUAUAUCUCACUCGGUGGGUGGUGCGGACCGGCGCUGAUCCUCGGCAAGCUGGGUCUCCGCACGGAGGCCUACCCCUUUGACUUCAGCCGUGUUACGAUGGACGGUCUCUUGCAUUUCAUUCAACACGGCUUUGACGAGGGGUUUUACCCGCCCGGGCAGCCGCCGUACACGCCAGAGUGCGUGGGACCGUGGGUGCUCUUCCGCGGCCAGCACACCGCCUUCGCCCAUUUCGAUCUCAACAACCCCGAUGUGCAGGCGCACUUCAAGACAAAGAUAGAUCGUUUUCACCGUGUGCUGGACCACCCAGAAACCCCCGUGACCUUCUUUCGAACUGUUACCGCACGUUUCCCUCAGGAGGAGUUGGCCAUGGCGGUGAACUUAGAGGCAGCCAUUGCGCAGCGCAACCCUCACCUCGACUUCCGCGUUGUGCUGAUGGUGCAUGACCAGGGACUUGCCGCUACUGCGGCCCAGCUCGCGCCGCUCUCGCCACGGACGGCGCUGUGGACCCUGCAAUACCGCGAGGACCCGUCACGGAGCCUGUUCGAUCGCACACACGACGCUUACCGUGCUGUCGUGCUGCACAGCGUCGAGGAGGCGAACUGGGGCGCAUCAAGCACUGGUGUGGCCUCGGGGGCAGGGAGGACGUGUUGUGUGCCGGCACCGGUGGAUCUUUCAGAGGACGCGUACUGUGCGGCUCGUCAGGUGUACAAGGCAGACAAGAAAAUACGUUUCGAAGACGUCCUUUUAGAACACAUGACGGUGCAGCGCUUCCCCUGGCGCAGCCACGACAAUUUGGCGUUGAUCGACGGCGUUGCCAGCGUCGGCGGCACGUGUGCGGGCAUCGGCAGCACGGCGAUGCUCCACGACCCAGCGGAGCCGUGGAAGGCGAAGCGGUGUCGCUACUGCGGUAGUGCCUCCUUCCAUGCCGCGGGCCGCCCCUUUCGCACCGAGCGCCCCUUCACAGCGGAGGAGGAUCAGCUGGUGUUGGUACACCUGUAUAAGAUACUCACCGGCAGCGACAAGGUAGCGGCGGUGGAGCAGCUGGCGCACGAGAUGCACCGCGGCACGUACGAAGUUAUCUGCCGUGUUCAGUUCUUGACGAACGCCUCAACCAAGAUUAUGAACUCCAUCGACCCGGAGACGCCGCCGUGA